UUAAUUUGUCCGGAGCCAUAUAUUGAACUGAACUGCCCUUAACGCAGCUGGUGAAUAACGUAUGGGUAUGCCUUACUAUCAAGGCAUAUAUCGAACGAACAAACGAACUGAAUUGAACUGAACUGACUGUCUGAUAAGUUUUGUAUACCAGCGAAUACUUCACCUAACCUUAAAAUUACGACGUUGACAGCGUUUUGCAAGAUUAAGAAUAUUCGAUCGUGUUUUGAUCAUAAUAUAAUGUUGAGAAUUAAAUAUUGAGAUAUUGGAACAAUGUCAGAUUCAUCGGAUGAAAAUUAUGUGACAUUCGGCGUGGCUCUUGAUCCUCUGGACGAAGAAAACAUACCACGAAAGAAACCUGUUACAGUCGAAGAUCAGUACGCCUAUGAUGCUCAAGGUAGGCGCAGGUUUCAUGGCGCCUUUACAGGUGGCUUUUCCGCUGGAUACUUCAAUACCGUUGGUACUCGCGAUGGCUGGAGACCACAACAAUUCAAGUCUUCCAGGAGCAGCAAGGCAGAUAGCAUUACUCAACGGCCAGAAGAUUUUAUGGAUGAGGAAGAUACAAGUCUUUUUGGGAUCGCUCCAAAAGGAAUCCGAGCUACCAGUGAUUAUGCUGAUCGUGGAGAGAAAGGAAAGAAGAGGGAAAGGAUAAGCCAAGAUAAUAGUGGGCCCAUUCCUGGCACUCCGGUCUUGAAAGAUCUUCUUAAACCUGUCAAAGAAACAGUUGGCAUUGUCCUGCUGAAAAAGAUGGGCUGGAAACUUGGUCAAGGUGUGGGUUCCAGGCUAACCAAGAGAGAGAAGCACAGGAUGAAACAGCGUAACAAGAGCUUAAAGCAAACACAGGAGAACCGUGAAAUAAUAGUGAGCAAUUCUGAGGAUUCGGACGAUGAUUUCACCGAUGUUACCUUCGCUCCCGACGAUUACGAGCCGUUCAGGUGCAAACCGAAGGACAAUUAUUUCGGCAUUGGCUACUCGGGCUUGGAUAGACGGAAAGUUCUUUCUAGCCACAUCGAUCUGUUUGAUACUCCAGCGUUCUGCGUUCAAGAUAAAAACAAGAAACUGUCGAUACACGGCCAGGCGUUUGGAGUCGGCGCGUUCGAGGCUGAUGACGAUGACAUAUAUGAACGAGAAGACAUGUCGCGGUACGAUUUCGCUCUGGGUCCUGAACACAAGACGAAGACGAGAUGGUCUGAAGACGGCCCGAGUAGCUCUCAAACCGACUGCCUAGAGGGUUUUGUCUCUGCAAAGGAAAGACUCGAGAGCAAGAAACUCUUUAAGCCACCGGAAUUGUCGAAGAACUUCGCGCCGGUGCAUGCCGUCAGGAAGAGUAGAUUUUACCCGCCGAUCGCGACUCCGUCGUGCACUUUGGAAAAUGGCAAACGCAGAGAGUUGAAUGCCGUGGACAGAGCGCGGAUUUUAGAAGACCCGGACGAUCGCUCGAAAAAGCCACCGAGCACGUCCGUCGCCUCGAACAUGAUCUCGAGAACGUUGAAUUUACAAGGUAAGCAACAGACAGAGGAGAAGCAAAAGCUGGAGACCCAACAAACGAUGAAGACAAGCAGUUCAUGGUUGGACAAAUUGAAUGUACAAAUCUUCGUAAAGGGCGGUGUUGUUGGGUCCGGAGAGAAUGACACGGACAACUUGAAGAAGCUGGAAGACUUCACGGACGCUACCGCGUCUACGUCAUCGAGUACGAAUAAGUCGAACGAAGAUGACGUUCCGGACAAAAGCGAAACGAAAAAAUUGUUUUUGUCUGACCCGGACAAACAGAGACGAUUUGAACAGUAUCUUACUUUCUUGAAGAAUGAUGAGCUGAACAAACUGGAGAGCAUUCAACCGUUCUCCAUGACAGCUUGGGAAAGAGAGCAGGAACGCACGGAAUUUGAGCAAGCGGCCAAACUCGAACAAUCGAGUAAUUAUAUGGCGAACAAGUUUGCACCAAGCGUUAAUCAUACGGUGGACGAGCUGGAUCCAGACAAAGAUAAGAAAGAAGCGGUCAAGCUGAAGAUGUUUGGCAAACUCACUCGAGAACGGAAGAAAUGGAAGCCAGCGAGUGCCGUUUGCAAGCGAUUCAACAUUCCCGAACCGAAAGUCGACUGCGCUGAAGUCACGACGGACCGAAAGACAGCCAAGUUCUCCAUCUUCGAUUCGUUAGACUGGUGCAGCUCGUCUAAAUUUACGAAAGCUACUGACACCGUGUCCAAAGCGCAAACUGAAGAACCAAUUCCUCAGUCGUCGAGGAAGACUGAAGAGGUACACGAAACAGCCGUCAGCCCCAAGAAUAUCCCAUCUAAUAUCUAUCAACCUUCAGAAGUCGUCUCUGAGAAAUUUAGGAUCUUUGAAGCUUCAUAUGAAAAAGUCUUCGGCAAAGGCAUUCAGAGCGCACCUUCGACUACGCCGAAAGACACCGGCCAGGAGCAUGUAGCCGAUAAUUCCAACAAGGACAAGAAUACACAUGACCAAGAAACGGAAGACAAGCGGGUAGUUGCCGGACCGGCGAACACGUUCAAGAAUCAGUCAGAGGAGAAGAAAGAUUUGUUCAAGGCGAUUUUCCUCAGCAGCAGCGAGGAUUCCUCCGACAGUGAGUCGGAGGAGAACGUCGACAGUGAAGCGGUCAAGUCGAUCUUGAUCGGGAAAGACUCGAAAGAGAUAAAUACGCAACGAAAUACGUCCCCGCCACGGGGUAUUUUUGCAAAGCUGGAUCUCGAUAGUCUAUUGGUACAACCGAAAACAUGUGCCAAGGACGAUCGGUCCAACGAAAGUACGGCUUCCAAGGUUGAAGAGACCAGCUCGCUCGCAGCUCAUGGGUCGCAGAGUGAUCACCGUACCGCAGACCGUAACAACAUGAGCGACACGACGGAAGCUGCGAUACCACAGGACAUGUAUGGGCCGGUGCUGCCGCAGAGGUUGCUAAAGCAAGAGAGCAGCGCAACGAAUGCGAACAAAGCCGACGAUGACAUGACGCACUUGCCGAAGUCGCUGUUCCGCAGCGUCGUCGUGUCGACAAGCAAGACUGACGACUCCAAGUUCGCCGGCAAGUGGGUGGAGCGCAGCAAGACGAAAAAGUCGAAGAAGGAGAAGAAAAAACAUAAGCACAAAGAGCAUAAGAGUCCUAAGCACAAGAAGAAGUCGAAGAAGGAGAAACGCUCGAGGCAUUGAGUUUUGAUUAUUGCUUUUUACCUGGUGCUUCGAAAAUAUGUGAAGUAAUGUAAUUGUACAUAUAGACAUGUCCGACUCUUUCUCUUUUUCUCUCUUUUUCUCUUUUUCUCUUUCUCUAUGCGCUUGCAAUCACAAAUUGAUCCCUUCAGUUUGUAUAUAUGUUACGCUCGGACGAAUCCACCAGCGAGUCUCUGGUAGAUUUGAACUUCAACAGCAGAGUCUACCGAUCUCCAAUAUUGUUCUGAUACUUACUAUUAAGUAGUUAAUAGAGUUUUAGAUCGUUGAAUUGUCUCGAUUGUCGAAUAAACGAGGCCUUUACCAUGCGUUAGAUUGUUGAUGUUUUAAAUAAACAAACAAUUUGCGGAUAGUCCGUGCAACUUCGAUAUUAUAUUUUCCAAAAUAUUGUGAGUAUUGCACAUUGUAGUCUGCACACAUUCACACACGAUCAUCAUGAUCAUCAUACACGAGUCGUUUUCGGUUCGGGCAUUGGCGCGCGGAUCCCCGCGGCGAGAAAACCAUCGCGUUAAGACUCACACCCGCG